AUGCCACCAGGUGCCACUGAAUGGCUCGCUGUUUCUGACCUGUGCUCCUUGCUGACCAUGAUAUGGCUAAGCAUCUGCGUGAACCCACUCUUCUACCAAUCUGUGUUGCCCUUUGACCCCAGGGAUAUCUUGUACCUCACGGGGGCCACGCCACAUAUCCUCUUUGCCAAAAUUGCGUCUUUGAUCACCGCCUUCAUCACCUUCGAACGAUGUUUGUGUAUCGCUUUACCUCUGCGGGUGAAGACGAUCAUCACACCGGCAAGGACAAAGGUAAUUGUUAUCUCUAUCUACAUUGGCAUGUCCGUCUUGAUGAUCCCCUUCUACCUUGGAAACAGACUUGAGUGGGUUUUCGAUUUGACCUUAAAUGCUACUGUGCUAAAAACCACGUACACGGCCGAGAGAGAAAUGCUAGAAGCUAUUAUGUUUCUCACCCAAGGCGUAUUUGCUACGGCAUUUUCCUUCAUCUUCGUCAUCUGCUGUACCAUCGUUCUUGUUGUCAAACUCAACAGUAAAACAAAAUGGCGACAGGCCACUGCUUGUAAGUCUGAUCGUGCUGUUGAAGGAGUUGGAGUCAAAGAUCAAAAGGUUGUGAAAAUGGUGACCUUCAUCGCUAUCAUCUUCAUCGUCUGUGCCUUACCCCCCACGCUCUUGUUUUUCUAUAUGGUGAUUGACCCAAGUUUCCGUAUUGCUGGUAUCUAUCGAAAUCUCUACCUUGUCAUUUGGUCUUCAUCAUAUCUAACCGAAACUGUCAAUUCUAGUGUGAAUAUAUUUGUGUAUCUGAAAAUGAGUUCGAAAUAUCGAGCUGUGUUCAUGAAAACAUUUUUGAACAAGGAGGAAAAAUAG